UUAAUAUUGGUUUCCUGGACGGACAGCGCAUCAACCCGACUAAGAGCGUUAAGCUGCCAUACAUACACAUACACACAUCAUCCAUAGUUACUUACAUACGGAGUACUCCGUACAUGCUCUAGUUACAAAUUCUCCAGCGUGUGUAAUUGCCAGGUUUAAGGGUGAGAGAUCUGUCUUUCUGAUUUUCUUCUAAGGCAAUAGGAUAAGGAAUUAUGAGCUGUUAAAAUAAUUGACUAAAUGAAAUAAACAAGGUGGUGGGGGAAUAACUAGUUAAAGGAACAUUAUGUAACUAUUAUUUAUCUGGAUGCAUCGAGUAUUGCUGUCUGUAUUUCUUUCUACACGUAACUAUCGCAAUGCAACCCAGCGCCAAGUCAUUCCUCUCGAACAACUCAUCACUCUCUCUCUCUCUCUCUCUCUCUCUCUCUCUCUCUCCACCGCAUCCCAUCCCAUCCCAUCAACCACUCGAUCUCUCCUCCACGUCUUCCUUCUCUCCUCUCCUCUCCUCUCCUCUCCUCUCCCCUCCCCUCCCUUCCUGGUUUAUAUCCGUCUCUCUUCCUCGUCCUCUGCGCAGCCGAGUUUGAUUCUCAUUCCCUUGGGCGCCUUGUGCGCCGCUUUGCCUACCCGUGUGUUGUUGAUGCUGUUGUUGUUGUUGCACCACUGCUGCUUGCUGCUGCUGCUGCUGCUGCUGCUGCUCUAGUUAUCGCCUCACCCUCACUCACCCAGCAGCACCUUACCCCACGUUUUGGGCUCAUAUAAUCCACCACCCAGCAUAAUAACCAUUCUCCCCGUCUUCUUCUCAUCCGUCUCCCGCCUCAUACUCAUCCCAUCCACAUAUACCACUUACACUACUUACUACUAUUGUUGAUAAUAACCUAAGGUUCAAUUCUGUCGCCCUAUUCCCCCAAAGUAUAUCCUAUCCAUCCCCCUCCAGAUCUCUCUCUCUGAUCUACUCCGGCCUCACCAAUAUAUAUAUAUAUAUAUAUAUAUCAGCUACGCCCCUUUCAUCGCUUAGAAAGGAAAGAACACACCGUCGCGAUUAUUUAUUAUUGUUAUAUUUCCCAUGACCCACAGAAGAAGAACCAUGCGAUAGAUCUACAUCCCUCCUUUACACGUCACACGUCCGUUUUAACUGGCAUUUUAGAUUCUCGAGGUCGUCCCCGUCUCGAGAUCGAUGCCACCAGAUUGCCCAUGGAAAGAUGAUCAUUAUCCAACAUGCCUGUCUUCCAUCGGUUCUGGCCUACGCGGCAGCCACAACUUUACCCCCUUCCCCGGUCGAGUCUUCGUCAAGAUGCAACUCUCCGCCUAUACACAAAGCGGAGCCCGAUCAGCCUAAAUCCCCUGCCAUAUCUCCAGUAGUGUCUAUAAGAUCUAAUUCCACGGUUCCCCUGCCGUCCAAGAACCUUGGGUCCCCGCCUAAGCUUGAUGCCCAACCGCCAAGUCCCAAAGCUUAUCCCUCGCCAGCUCUUCAGGAUAAGAAGGUUCAAGCGGAUAUCACCCCAAACGCAAACGCUCCGGAAAAUCCGCCCGCUGCAAAGAAACCAGUGACGCCUGAACCAGUUGGAGUAUCUUUUUCCCAAUUUGCUGCCCAGUUCCAUCUAAAACAGCAUCAGGAAGCCCAGAAGCGCAGCCUCUUGCAACGGCUACGUAGCUUUCGCAUCUCCAUUAGUCUUUCUUCUCGGUUGCUCAGGCUUGGAGCAAUCUCUCAAAAAGGUUUGGUUGAAAGUUUCAGGCUGGGUGACAAGGCUAGUUUUAUUUCGAUUUAUAAUACCAUUCAUGAUAUCCGUGAGGCGUGUGAGCCCUCCUCCUCUACCCGUGGCAUCAAUAACAGCAAUUCGUCCUCAGUCCUGGGACACGAUUCCCUUCUUGGAUUCUGUGGCACUUCCACUUCUGAUUCGGAAAUCCGCCGCCCUUAUAGUUUUGUUCACCAAUUGACACCAACCUCCAAAGAGAGUCUUCUGGAAAUUUUGAGUCUGGUCCGCACGGAUCCUCAAUUCCUCUUUGAGCGUAUUGGUAGCCUGCUUCCAUCUCAGCUAUCUGCCCUCGUCUCCUCUGUCCACACUCUUGAUGUCAGUGAUUCCAUCUUUCCACUUGCAUCUCGCGGAAGAACAACACAGCCGCUGUUCUCCAAGCGCACUGCAGCACAUUCCACUGCGUUCAAAGAGCAUGUUUUGGGUUUCGAGAGGACCGAUCCUCUCUCUUCUUUGAUUUUUAAUGUUUUUGCUUCUUCUGGGAGCACCGACUCCCGCGAGGCCCGGUUACGUUUGGAUGUGUGGUCUUCCACCUGUGCAAAAUUGAUAUCCUAUGGCGGAAGCAGCCAUUAUUCCUUUGUUGGCCAUCUCCUGUCCGCCUGGUCCACUUCCACAGAAUGGAAGGCUAAACCCAAAUUUGAGAUUUACUUGAUGGAUGUUCUCCAGAAAGGUGCUUUCCUCCUGCAACAUCCAGAAACUCCCCGUCGACUUGGCCACGAUGGCGAACUCCCUGACCCACUGCGAACUGGUGUUGCCGAGGAGUUUUUCCAAUCUGCUGUUCGGGACCUAUUCCAAGUCCUAGAUGACUCCAACGGAGGCUUUCCACUUGGCGCUUUGGAGUUUGGGAAUGCUGUCCUAACCAAGCUUGGAAUGACUGAAAGCCGCAAACGAGCCUUGGAGUAUAUAUUUUUCCAGUGGUUCUUCUGUAAAUUUAUGCAUAACGUGCUUUUAUUCCCGGAGUCUAUUGGUUUGUUACUCGAUUUCCAUAUUUCUAAGGACGCACGAGAGAGGCUGCUUGGUCAAAUUUCACUCCGAGCGCAGUCUCAAGUAUCUAGGGGGUUACACCACCUGCCACAAUUUUCAUAUUCUGAUACAGCAAUCAGAAUCCAUAUUGACAAUAUGCUGUCCCACCUUUGUAAUCCGAUUUCAACCCCCCAGGCUACCCCCCAAUCCCCUGCUACGGCCCCAGCGGCGGAACAAGACUUGCGUGAACAGUUCCUUCUAUUGUCCCCAACGGAUAUUAUGACCAUCUUGGAUGUUCUUUUCCCCAGGGGCCCACCUCCCUUCUUCAACUCUUCAGACCCAUUCAAUGACCACAAUCACUCAGUUUUGACUUCUCCUAAUAAUUCUUUCUUUCCUCGAAAUGACCCGCCUACCCAAGGGUUUGAGCCAAAUCUCUUCCAAGGCAGAAUUGAUACCUUUUCUUCUCGUUCAUCUACCGCAAAAACCGUGUUCACCACUGAGAUGAGUUUCCAAGAUGCAACCAGGUCCUAUGCUGUACCUGGAAGUAAGCCAAUCAGCCCAGUAUCUCCACAGAAUUCCCUCGCCCGAAAUGCAGAUCGCAUUCGAUAUGAGCUAUCUGAGAUCAAUGAGUCGGAGGAUCGGCCUACAAUGGGACACCCAUCGAGUGAGGAUUGGGCUUUGAUCUCGGUCUCCAACGACGGCAGGACCGUUACAUUGAUGCCAUUUUUAGAUCAGGAGCUGGAAUCCGGAGAGUCAUUCUCUAGUGAUGACACAGAUAGUCGUCCCAGAUCAUCCCCGGCGGACGACGAUCAGGAGAUGUUACAACAUGCCAUUGUCAAGCUGAUCGACGAAUUCGAUCAUUUACACGACUUUUCUCCACAUGAUCUCAUGUCUGCUCCUGCUGGCCGAACAAGUGAACCCUCCCUAAAGCAGAAAUUUGCUCAUGCCAUGAACUAUUGUCAAUCCCAUGCUGACUUCGUUGGUGCCCACUAUUGGUGGAAUGCAUCGCGACUCCUCCAAAGGGCGUAUCCAAACUUUUGGGUUACUGGCGAUCACUCAGACCUAUUGACCCCUAUGUUUUCAUCGUCCAGGAAAUCAAUCGAGACAUCUACUUCCAUCAUUGAGCAGUGUGAGAGCAGGAUAGUGGAUCUUAAGCGGGCAAUGGCACGACUUCGAUCUUUGACGAAAGAAAUGAUGAGGAGUUUAGCGAAGCUGAGGAAUAAGAUGUGGUAUAUGACGGAUGUCAAGAACUCGCUGAAAUAUGAGGAAGCGAGAAGUGUCGCUCUCGCAUUGCAAACUAUGGCUGGUCCCGCAUCGAUAUCGCCGAUUUCUGAAUCCAAACCGCGCUACGGCUCACGAACGCUUGGUGCGUCAUUCCUUCAAAAGCCGGAGAUCCAAACCAUGAAUGCGAUGAAAGCACCUGUAAGCCAAGGUGGUCGAUCUAAAUUAUCCGAUGAACAGGUGGACAUGACUAGGAAGUGGCUGCAACGCUCUGGCAUUGAUAACUUCUGCAAAGGGGAGGAGCGAAUUCAUCGGUUUUGCUUGGAAAUAAAGACGACGGUUGGGAAGCUGGUUGGGGAGACAAUGUACGAAACUCCGGUUCUGUGGUCUAGUGAACUCUAUCAAAAGGAGCGCUCCAUUUACGAUGCCUCUGGCGGGCGAACUGUUACUGGGCUUGGUGCAUCAUCGAGUCUUCGACCGUCAAGCAUUGCAAGUGAGGAGUCGCUCUACCAGGCGCCAUCGAGUCUGGGUCUGAGACCCCGCACGUUUGACCAUCAUUUCCGCUCUUUAAACGAAGCGCCAUCAAUAGUGCGCAAAUCAUCUUUCCAAAGCCUUGCAUCAGAGAAAUGGAGAUCAGGCAGGGAUGCCACUUGUGGCGAUACGUCCUCUAUCGGUGACUCACCUGGUAGAGCUAUAUCUACAUCCGCAAGUGACUCCACGUUCUGGUCUCCAAUGCACACACAAGCGCAGUCCACAACGAGCGCUUCGAGCCUCCACUCUCGGCCGCCCUCGAUGUUUAGCGACGUCUUGACCUCGAGGAGGCCUGAGCAGAAUUCUCAUGGCAAAGUUGUGUUUUUAGACGAACUCAGGCAGACCCUAACGAGUCUGUUGUUGAGCGAUCUUGGCUCUCCUGUUUGGAGCUGUGGCAGCGAAACUGAUGCUUGGUUUUCGAUGUAUCUGAACCAGCCACGAAUCCAAAGGCAGAUGGAGAGACGUGCAAGGCUGGAGAGAUUCUUAGCGGAAUGUGCUUCUACUGAUGAUGAGAAUGGGAUUCCCAUGUCUCAAAAACUUAGGAGAAGUAGGUCUGCGGACGCUAUUUUGCUUAGCGUUCACAAGCCAACAGAACAGGAUUUACGUACACCCACCCCGACUCAAUCGUCCCCUCUUCAGGACACACCCGAUUCGUUCGAUUUCGCAUAUGAUACUGCGUUUCGUCAGUUAAUGGAGAGGUUUUCUCGGCAAUCCAACCCCUAUACCAAGCUUAAAGCACUGCAGGACCUGAGGUCACUGGUGAUCUCAUCACUGAGCACUGGGAAUGAUUGUCGGGCAAAUGAGGGAGUUGAUACGUUUGCUGAACCAUCAUUUGCUGGAGCGGAAAACGGACGACUCCAUCGCAAUAGUUUGUCUGAAGGAUCGAAACUACCACAAUCAGUACACUCCCAGAAUCCCAACCAAAACCGCACCCCAUACUCACCCAUGUGGGGGUCAGUAGCCUCAUCAUCCACUUUCCCAACAUACCCACCCUCCGAGGCAGAGAUAAUCCUCUCAAUGCGCGACCUCAUCCAAACCAUCCAACCAAAAACCCUAUUCCGCGACCUCCAAUUCAUCUCCGCUUUUGUCCCCUCCGAAAUCCUAAACAAAACCCAUAGCGGAACUGCAUUCCUCCAAUUUGGCCUUGCCGCAUUCGCCUUGAAAGACGACGUAUGCACCAGCAUGGUCGAGAUCGCAGAUACCAUCGUCUCGCACGAACUCAGCAAGCGGCAACAGCGCCACCACCACCACCACCACAACGAUCCCCAAUUCAACAACCACAGCAAUCAGCACGCGGCCGCGGCCUUUAACCAGUCCCACGGCCUCGAAGACGCCAAAUGGAUGUGGAUCCACACGGCGCGGGAAGGAAACCCCGUCGCCCAGCGCGAACUUGCUAUCCUAUACCUGACCCACCCAGAGAUUCUGCCGCGGGUGACGCUGCCGCUGACUAUGCCGCGCGACACCUUCAAGGCAGAGAUGAUGUAUCGGCGAGACGGGGAUUCGAAGUCGGAUCCGCAGAGUAUGUGUUUGGCGCUGCAUUGGAUGCAGUUGUCGGCGGUUGGCGGGGAUGAGUUGGCGAAGAACCGGUUGAAGGAGAGGGAGGAGUUCGAUUUGAUUGCGUGAGGGUUUUGAAGGGGGGUCUGGUUGUCGGGUUAUGUUUUUCAUGGUUUCCGUAUUUGUGUGAUGUGUUUUUGCGUUGGGAAGUUUGGGACUUUUUUUAUCUUGUUCUAUACCAGUUUUCCAAUUUCUUGAUUUUGCUCAUUUUUUUCUUGCAUUCAACGUUUAUUCCCCAACACAACAUCUCCUUCAUUCAUUUUAUAUUCUUGCAUGUAUCUUUGUUUAACCCUGUUUGGGAUGGAGAUGACGGUAUCAUGUCUUUUUUGUUUGUUUUAUUUUAUUUUAUAUUUUUUUCAUCCUGCUCAUUUCAAAACCAUACCACCAUUCUGUUCAUUCCCCUUCAUUCUUUGUUUGUUUUUACUACAUGGGUGGAUAUUUGCUUUUGCUUUACUAUCUGUUUAUUAAAACAACUUCAUACAACUCUGCAGUGCAUUUUCUUCUUCAUCUUUUACUAUUUACGCUGCGUACAUAUCCCCACCAUCAUUUGUGCUUUGUUUAUUUUCCCUUUCUUGCUCUCUUUUUUGCCUCUUAGCCAUCUGUUUCUAUUUUUCUUUUCUUUCAAUUUUUAUUUUGUUUUAGCAGAAAGAACAUUCACUUUUCUGGCAUGUUGAAGGCUUAAAGUACAUACAAUUAUAUCUAGUGGGAGGCUAUCUGCUGUCAUUUACAGAGUACAUUGAACACUCUUCUGUGCUUUUUUCUCUUUUUGGCUUUUUUUUUCCCUUUCAUUUUGUCAAGUAGUUACACAUAGCUUGCUUGUGUUGUGUGUACUCUGUUGCUAGUUACACCUCAUAUAUUAUUGUGUGCA